AGCAGUUUUUGUCAAAUUCUCAAUUUUAGUUUCAACGAAUCUAACAAAAACUUAUAAAAAUACCUUCAUUUACGUAAAAUUUAGUUUAAAACCAUACAUACAUUGCGUACUUUAUAAAUAACAAAAACCAAAUUCGUCAAUUUAGUGUGUGUCAGUAAAGUGGGUGGUUUCCGUUCGUAAUUAUUGGAAUGUUAUUUGUGUCAUGCCCGCAAAAUCGACAAGUUUCGCAGAUGAUAUUAACUGGAUGAAAAAUGAAGGGUGUUGGUAGUUUACCAGCUGAUAGGGAGGGAAUGAUCAAUAAACCUAUCGUUACAUGCGCGGGAGAUUGGAAUUUGUUCUGUACGUUAGAAGCGCCGCUCGUUGCUGCUAUCCCUCAGGACUCUUGUGAGUGGAGAAGAUCAUACGGUCGUGCAACAAAGUCUGUUUACUUGGAAGCUUCAUUCAUAAAAUACAAUAAAGAAAAACUUCAAUCAGAAUUGAAUUUGUUAAAACGCCCAAUACUUCAAGUUUAUUGGACUGAUUGUGUGGACAUUGAGUAUUAUAAGACAACACUGCGGGAAGAAAUAGAAACAUGGUUGAAACAAUUAGAAAAAGCAAAUGUAACAGAUUGGAUGAUUGUCCAAGUAGAAACUUAUGAUAUAAGGAAAGCAAACAAACUUUUACCGAGAACAACAGUUUUGGAUAAAAUAAAAGGAGAUUUUGCGGUAAAGCAGAAUGAAGAUAGAUUUAUAUCAGUAAUAAAUCCUAUAAAAUCAGAGGCUAGAAGUGCUGAAUCAUGGAGAGCUUUGGUGGCAAAGAUGAGACACUUUAUUCUUGUUGCUUAUAAUAAGGCAUUGAUUAAAUUUGAAGAGUAUAUGAGAGAGCAGAGAGAAAAACGGAAUGAUUCAGAUUGGGAUUUUUGUAAAUAUUUCAUUUUACAGGAACAACUAGCAUUCGUGCUAGAAAUGUUAGGAUUAUAUGAUGAAGCACUGGUUCAGUAUGAUGAAUUAGAUGCUCUGUUUUCGCAAUUUGUACUCAACUCAAAUAUAGCAGAGAGUCCGAAAUGGCUCGACACAUUUAGACAGCCAGUAAGUUCGUGGCAAGCUGUGAGACUGACCACUCUCGUUCCUCAGCACUUGAGAGAACUGAUAAUUAAGAAGAGAGCUUCUUUAUUGGAUUUUAGAAGUUAUCUGUUUCAAAGACAAAGUGCCAUGUUAUUACUAACGUUUAAACCUUGGGAGAUAGCGUCCCGUUGUCUAGCCACCGUGCAUAAUUCGAUAGUCGAGUUAAGUUUGUUGGGCGCGCCCGCUGUGGAUGGUGCGAGCGCGUGCUGGGCGCACUUGGCGUGCGCGGAGACGUUGAGGGCCUGCGAACGCUUGGCGGCCACUAAUAACGCACUGGAAAUGUGCACGGCAGCGCAAGCACCCCUCCUACAUCAUGCCAAAGAUAAGUUGCACGAAUUGGGUAAGCUCUGUGGUCUACUCCCCGGUUCGCCGGAACCUACGUCAGAGCAACUCCAUCUAGUAGUGAUGCUGUCCGCGGGCAUGGGGGACAGCGAACCCAACUCGCAGCCGCCCACGCCGACGGACAGGCUCAAGGAGGCCCUGUGCAGCGCUCUCUCGUUCCAGCAGUACUAUCUGGAGCUGGCCGAGCUGGCGAUGGGAACUUACAAGCACAUAGGGAGGUUAAGAUUCGCUCGGCUUAUCGGUAGGGAGCUGGCAUCGUUCUACUCCGAGUUGGGCGAGACCAGCAAGGCGGUGGUGUUCCUGAUGGACGCGUUGAGGUCGUACGAGGAACAAGGCUGGAAGGAGCUGGCGGCACAAACGAGAUUAGAAUUGGUUUCGGCGGCGAAGAAAAUGAAGGACAUGGAUAGAUACGCGAAGCUCUCUGCAACAAUAGCAUGCACACAGGAAUUAGAAAUACUAGUCAGGAAUUUUUACUUCGAGGAAAUGAUGAGGACCAUACGUGAGGAUCUGGCGAACAAAACCGACACGGUGCUGGCCGAAUUGAACGAGUGCUUCAAGGUCAAGUCUGUCACGUUACUGCCACCCGAAAGGGGUCUUUACAUCACCGAGAAUAAGGUUCAAUGUCGUGUAGUCAUAGAAAGUUUUCUACCUAAAGAUAUAAAAUGUACGAAGGCAGCAAUAAGCAUAGAGUUAUUUAAAGACGACAAGGUAGCGGAGAAGAAGCCUCCCGUCAAACACAAGACUGAUUUAAGCGUUAACUGUAGUGUAGGAAUACAGACCGGCUCGCCGAAGAGGAACGUCGAUAAAAUUGAAGAUGCAAUAAAUAGUUUAGUUUGUAGCUUAAGGCUCGAUGAUUUAAAACCCAACAAUCCUUUACUAAACCCGUUACAUAUAACUUCGCAAUUGCACUACAAAGAGGACAAGUCUUUACAAAAGGCGACCGUGGAAUGUCACAACCCUAAAAUGCCGCUGCGUCGUUCUGACAGUAGCAAAUAUCGGAAGCCGUCGGCGACGAUCAGAAACAACUACCAGAAAUGCUUUUCCAGCGAGGAUAUACCACUGAAACCUGGCUCCAACGACCUGAUACUGGAUUUUACAGCGACAGAAAAGGGCGCGUUUAAAUUAGGUCAAAUAUCGAUAACGGUGGAGGGAAAAUUGGAGUUUUUAUCGAACGCUUUGAUUGGCGGUAAAGUCGGAUUCGAAGUGGUAACUCAGGGGGUCAACGUUUAUUUAAACAAAGUCGAACCUAAGAAGGAUCUGGUCGCCGGCUUGGAGCACGCAAUGGAGCUAGUAGUGACUUGUGGGAGUACCAGGAUUGAAGAGGACUCGAAGAUAUCGUUGAAGACGACAUCUGGGUUGUUGAUUCGGCUGUCGGAUGAGUUCUCGAUAAUGUCUCGCGAGGUGUCGGUGCGGGUUGCGUGCGAGCCCUUCGACACGGCUACGAUACCGUUGACCCUGUUCGCCAGCCUUCAGCCCAGGAGGGAGAGGAGCGUCGAGCACGUCGUUUGGAUAACGUGCCCCUGGUUGGAGUCGGCAAUGGAAGUGCCUUUACACUUCUCCCCGCCCAUGAUCGCGUCGUGGCGCCUCCUCACCUCGAACACCCGGAAGUUCGUGCACGUGACGCUCAAGUCGACGGUCGCGCACUACGUCCAGUUCGCGCUCACCGAGGCCGGCCUGCAGUGCGACGGUAACAACACCGUGUCGGAUUUGAACCCAAAGAAGAGCGAUCAUAUGAUGGUAGCGUCAGACGGCACGACGGCCUCCUUCAUGUGGGAGCUGCUGAAGGAUCCGCUGGUGAAGGCGGGACCGAUGAAGUCGAUAUUCUCCGUGCAGUACCAGGCGACGGGCGGCGAGGAGCCGGCGCGGCCCUUCGUCUGCCCCUUCGACAUUCAGGACUACACGACGCUGUUCGUCGUCAGGACCAGGCUGGAGCCCUGCAAGGGGUCGGACUUCUGCAGGGCGUCGCAGAUGUGCUGCUUGCAGCUCAACGUGCAACGGGUUAAUGAAACUGAGCACACGUCACUGAUGUACGAAGUCCUAGCAGAUCAGACGAUGUGGGCAGUACUGGGCCGAACUGCGGGUGUGAUAACGACGGAGUGUGCGAGCGCGGACCCGCAGUGCGUGGCGCUGGACGUGAUGCCGCUGGUGGCCGGCUACCUGCCGCUGCCCACGGUCCGCCUCUCCAAGUACAUCGCCGCCAACACCAAGGAUAGCUCAUCCCACCCGCGACUGGAGCCCUUCAGUCCGGGGCAAAUAUACCACGCGGGGAAGGCGAAACAGGUGCACGUCCUGCCUCCCAUGCCGAAAGAACAUUUGGAACCAACCGCUAAUUAAAUACUUUAGUAAUGAUCUGCUGACGACCGCCUGCGACGCUUCGCAUGACGCAGGAAAAACUCGUAUACAACUAUAGGAAUCUAUAUUGAUUUUAAAGACGUGUAAGACUUACUCAAUUUUGUUACUUUUGUUACUUUUAUAAAAAUGUAUAUAUAAUGUCAACAGUGUUGCCAUAAUAAUUGACAGUUUGUCUUGUUGAAAUUUUAAGAAAAAUCAAAAUUGAUUUUUUAUUAUGAAAGUUUUUUCAUAUCCUAAGCUUUUGGAUUUAGGAUAUAUUUAUGUCAGUGCGGGCAAUUGUUUUUUUGUUUUCUUUCUUUCAUUAUUCGUUAAACGAUGUUUGAGGUUUAGAAAAUGAAAGACGUAUAUUAAA